GGGCCCCUCCCAGCCAGGCCUUACUCAGGUCCAGGACGCGCCCCUGCAGCCCGCGGCCGCCGCUGCCCCCGUCACUGGGCCGUCCCUCGCCCACCGCCCCGGGAACCAUGCUGCGCUGGCUCCGGGGCUUCGUGCUGCCUGCCGCGGCCUGCCAGAGCGCUGAGCCGCCGACGCGCUACGAGACCCUGUUCCAGGCGCUCGACCGCAAUGGGGACGGCGUGGUGGACAUCCGCGAGCUGCAGGAGGGGCUCAAGAGCCUGGGCAUCCCUCUGGGCCAGGACGCCGAGGAGAAAAUUUUUACUACUGGAGAUGUCAACAAAGAUGGGAAGCUGGAUUUUGAAGAAUUUAUGAAGUACCUUAAAGACCAUGAGAAAAAGAUGAAACUGGCAUUCAAGAGUUUGGACAAAAACAAUGAUGGAAAAAUUGAAGCUUCAGAAAUUGUCCAAUCUCUGGAGACACUAGGUCUGACCAUUUCUGAACAACAGGCAGAGUUGAUCCUUCAAAGCAUUGAUGCUGAUGGGACAAUGACAGUGGACUGGAAUGAAUGGAGAGACUACUUCUUGUUUAAUCCUGCUACGGACAUUGAGGAGAUUGUCCGCUUUUGGAAACAUUCCACAGGAAUUGACAUAGGGGAUAGUUUAACUAUUCCGGAUGAAUUCACAGAAGAUGAGAAAAAGUCUGGCCAGUGGUGGCGGCAGCUGCUGGCAGGAGGGGUCGCCGGUGCCGUGUCUCGAACUAGCACUGCGCCUUUGGAUCGCCUGAAAGUCAUGAUGCAGGUGCAUGGCUCAAAAUCAAUGAACAUAUUUGGUGGCUUUCGACAGAUGAUAAAAGAAGGAGGUAUCCGUUCCCUUUGGAGAGGAAAUGGUACCAAUGUCAUUAAAAUUGCUCCCGAGACAGCUGUUAAAUUCUGGGCCUAUGAGCAGUACAAGAAGUUGCUUACUGAGGAAGGACAGAAAAUUGGAACAUUUGAGAGAUUUGUUUCUGGUUCCAUGGCUGGAGCGACUGCACAGACUUUCAUUUACCCCAUGGAGGUUUUGAAAACCAGGCUGGCUGUAGGCAAAACUGGGCAGUACUCUGGAAUAUAUGACUGUGCCAAGAAGAUUUUGAAGCAUGAAGGUUUUGGAGCUUUUUACAAAGGUUAUAUUCCCAAUUUAUUAGGCAUCAUACCUUAUGCAGGCAUAGAUCUUGCUGUAUAUGAGCUCUUGAAGUCUCACUGGCUAGAUAAUUUUGCCAAAGACUCUGUGAACCCUGGAGUCAUGGUGCUGCUGGGGUGUGGGGCCUUAUCCAGUACGUGUGGUCAGCUGGCCAGCUACCCCCUGGCCUUGGUGAGAACUCGCAUGCAGGCGCAAGCUAUGGUGGAAGGAGCCCCGCAGCUGAACAUGGUUGGCCUCUUUAGAAGAAUCAUUUCUAAAGAGGGCCUCCCCGGACUUUAUCGAGGAAUUACCCCGAACUUCAUGAAGGUGCUUCCUGCUGUAGGCAUCAGCUACGUGGUGUAUGAGAAUAUGAAACAAACCUUAGGGGUAACUCAGAAAUGACAGGUUUGAAGUUUUGACUUUAGCAUGAUUAAUGAAAUUUCCAGCCAUUUCUGGGGAGACUUUUUCUCCUAAACUCGUAACAAGUGUGUGGCAAAACAGAAACAACUCUUCCUCCUUCACAAAAGGAAAAUACACGUCGCUGAUCAGUUUAGGCAUUUGAGCUUACUUUUCUAUACACAGAAAUGUUAAGGAUCAUAGUUUUAGGAAGCCACAGAACCACACCAGUAAUACUCUUUGGCAAGUCUCUGCCCUUGAACCCUAAAUCUCAAAAUGUAUUUGCUUGAAUUAAAUUGGUUUUGUGUGAUAGAACUAUUAAUCAGUAAUCUUUAGUUUGGUCGAUUUAAGUCUGUGCCAGUUCUUUUAUACUUGUAUGUCUUUUUCUUUAAAACAAAAUGAUUAUAAAACCUUGAGACAUAAAUUAUUUUAUAUAUUUGGGAUAUUUUUCUAGAUGUCUUAACAUUCUGUGUAAAACCAAGAAAACACAAUCAUUGCACUUAAAAUACACCUCCCAACAAUCAGAGUAAAGUUUAUGCCUUUCCCUUUCUUUAAGCAGAAUAAGAAUGAACAUACAUAGCAGAACUUGUAACAAGUGAUGAAGUAAUAUUUAUUUUGGUGGGCACUUUUUCAUUUUGCUUUCAUUGUUAUUUGGUUCCUUCUAUUAUACACUGAUUGUCAAUACCAGGCAGCUUAUUUAAGAGAUUCUGUCUGUUGUUGUGUUGAAAAGUGGCUAUGAAAAAAAAAAUCAAGAUUCAAACCCAAACUCAAGCGCUUUGGCCUUAGAAGAGUAUCUGUCUUCUCCUUGGCCUUUGUGUCCUGCUUUUUUAAUCAGAGUCUGUCUCAGAAAGGCUUUCCUGGGACCACUGUCAGUGAUGCGAAACCCCUGUUUGUUAAUUACGUGAAAUGGAUUGAUAGUGAGUUUUCUCUCCACUGCAGACUUUUUUGGAAACUGCCAUUCUCAGUCUGGGAGCACAAAGCUAAGACAAUAGUAUUAAUUCAUGCUAUUGUUAGAUUAAUGAGGCUAAGGAGAAUAUCUUAUAGUCGUGUGUAUUAAUCUUAUAUAUAUAUGCCCACUUUAAAUAAAAGACCCAAGUUUCAACAUACACAUUUAUGUAAUAUCUUGUCUCAAAUUUUGGGAAUAUGGUAUGAUUUGGAAACUUUAGCUUACAGUAUUGGUGGCAUUUACUUUACCACAACAGUUUUUGGUCGCAAGCAUCUUUUCUGAUUUGUACAAUUAGAGCUUUAGUUGAAGCUGUUAUCCACUUCCUAAGCUCGUUUGAGUUCAAUUUUCUAAUAAUUUUUAUAAGUGGCCAGCAUGUAAAUGAAAAUCUUAUGAUGUAGUAAGCACUUAUUUUAUUUAAACCUACCUCUUAUUUUUUUAACCAAAGGGAAAAGAUGGACUGUGAUUGUGAAAUGUAAGAUAUAAUUUCAUCUAUUUGAAUUGUGUCCAAUAAAUGGUUCAGUAUUUUUAUAAUACACACAUAUAUAUGUAUGCGUGGGACUCUUUCUAGAGUUAUUUGUACUUUUGAAUAAGAUAUAAAAUAACUGUUGAGGUACAUGAUUAACUCUCUUUACUCAUGAAAUUAUGGAAAUGAACAGUUUUGCUAACAUUUUUGGAAUUCCAGACUGUAGAAACAUGAAUAUAUUCAUUUUUUUCAUUAUGAUUUUAAAUUGUUCUCUGAAUUUUUAAGGUAUGAAUGUGAUUUGUCUAUGCAUUUUGUAACUUUUGAAAAAAAAAGAUCUUCCAUGUUUUGGAGCAAAGCCCAGGAUGUAAUAGACUUUGUUUCUGAUGUUACUGCAUACUGUCUUUUCAUUUAUAUUAAAAAUGUUUGUUUAGAA